GCGACAUUAGCUAGCGCCCGCCCGCCGCCCUUCUCUGUAACAGGGGAACACGGACUGCAAGGAACCGAACCCAUCGCCCGCACCCCCGCUGGACUGUAACCCUCUCACACACGCUCACGCCGCAUCCGCCGCCGCGCACGCCGGGUGGUUUUCGCUGUUUUAAAAAAUAACAACCUCCUUCUUAUUUUUUUUUCCUUUUUUUUUUUUUUCUUUUUUUUUUUAAAUUAAUCUUAGACAAAUCCUCUAGAAGGUGAAACCCGCCCGGGACGGACUGGGACCCGGCGGCGGCAACAAACGGUAGCGGCCGGGGGCGGUAGUUGGGUUGUCGUUAAUUUCUGUGGUUGUUGGUUGCCGAGUUGUCUCACCAUGAAGGAGAGCGGUGCACACUUCUUCGAAGGGACCGAGAAGCUGCUGGAGGUGUGGUUCGCCCGGCAGCAGCCCGCGCAGCAGGAGCCGCACCAGAGCAAGGGGUCCGGCGACCUCCGCACCAUCCCCAGGAUUGAGUGGGACAAACUUCUGGAGAAUGUGCAUUGUUUGAUCAUAAGUGUGACAAAAACUGACAAGCAGGAAGCUUAUGUACUCAGUGAGAGUAGCAUGUUUGUCUCCAAGAGACGUUUCAUUUUGAAGACGUGUGGUACCACCCUCUUACUGCAAGCACUGGUUCCCCUGUUGGAGCUUGCCAGGGAGUACAGUGGGUUUGACUCAAUUCAGAGCUUCUUUUAUUCACGUAAGAAUUUCAUGAAGCCUUCCCACCAGGAGUACCCACAUAGGAAUUUCCAGGAAGAAGUGGAGUUUCUUAACGAAAUUUUCCCAAAUGGAGCAGCUUAUUGCAUGGGGCGUAUGAACUCUGAUUGCUGGUACCUGUACACCCUGGAUUUCCCAGAGAGUCGGAUAUCCAAUCAGCCUGAUCAGACACUGGAAAUUCUGAUGAGUGAGCUUGACCCAGUAGUUAUGGACCAGUUCUACAUGAAAGAUGGUGUUACUGCAAAUGAUGUCACUCGUAUGAGUGGAAUUCGUGACCUGAUACCAGGUUCUGUUAUUGAUGCUACAAUGUUCAAUCCUUGUGGGUAUUCAAUGAAUGGGAUGAAAUCGGAUGGAACUUACUGGACUAUUCACAUCACUCCAGAACCAGAGUUUUCUUACGUUAGUUUUGAAACAAACAUCAGUCAAACCUCCUAUGAUGACCUGAUCAGAAAGGUUGUAGAGGUUUUCAAGCCAGGAAAAUUUGUGACAACCCUCUUUGUUAAUCAGAGCUCUAAAUGUCGUACAGUGUUUUCUUCUGCCCAGAAGAUUGAAGGGUUUAAACGUCUUGAUCACCAGAUUGCCCAGUUCAGUGAUUACAACUUUGUGUUCACCAGUUUCACCAAGAACCGGCAGCAGCAGCACAGCUGAUUAGGAAUGAAGAAAAAGCGCAAAAAGAAAUCCCAUGGAGGAGGAGGUGGUGGUUGCUUUCUAGGGAAUGAUUCAGGGGGCCAUGCUUUCCACUCCCACCACCUCGUAGUUGUGGAAAGCCCUAGGUGUAAUCAUAGUAUAACCAUUUUGAAUUGUAUGCAUUAUUAUAUCAAGGAGUUAGAUAUCUUGCAUGAAUGCUCUCUUCUGUGUUUAGGUACUCUAUGCCACUCUUGCUGUGAAAUUGAAGUGCAUGUAGAAAAAUCUUCCUGUAUGAAACUUUACAACACUUGUAAAAAUGAUUCGGGUAGAAUGACACACAGUGUAGUUUUUCUCCAGGUAUCACCAAAAAUUCCCCACAGACAAGGCUUCCGUCCUCAUUAGACUGGAGCCUCACCCUGCUCACUGGGGACAGGUCUGUUCAAUUGUCACUCUUUUUUCAUCUAUGUUGUGAUUUCAGUGUAAAACAGUUUUUGACAAACUUUUAUGAUUUCUAAUGAAACUGAUUCCUAAUUAACACUUUCAUGUUUUGGAGAAAGUUCUUAAAACAGUUAAAAAUCGUUUUGCUACUUCAGGUGGUGGUUGAUUUAUUUUAAAAUCAGACUGACGUGCCAUGCUCUGCUCCAGCUGCCAGGAGCUUGCUCAGCUCUGCUGCAGCACUGGGCUAAUGCAUCUUUCAGCUUUAGGAACCUGGGUGCUAAUGCAGGUUAAAUUUCACCUUGCCUUGAUGCUGGUCUGUCUGCCCACAGCCCCAGGCUGUCACGCUGCUGCUGCACAAUGGCAGAACUUAAAGAAGGUCCAGGACUUGAGAGGGGAAGAGCUGAGUCAGGAUCCCAGGGCUCUGGCAUAGCUGUGUGACAGCAGAGCACAAGGUCAUGUUGGCACCAGGCGUUUUCUUUCCUAAUCACCAAUUGUCAGACCAAGAGGCUGGUGCCCGUGAGCACUGGCAGGUGGAUCCAGUGAGGGAGUGGGAUGUGCUGGGCUGGGUGUACUGGUUGGUUUGGGUUGUUCUCGGUAAAACCUGUCACCUACCACUUGUGGCUGUAAAGAGUGCUGCUCAACUGGUCCAGUGUCACUUCAUUUUGUUGUUCCAAGCGAAGCUAAUGCCUCUAUCUUGUGACAGUCCUGUGACAUUGUUGUGCAUGUGACUUAUGUUGUAUUUGAGUGUUGUGACUUCAUCUGUUUUUUCCUCCUACUUACUAUGGUGGUUCCUCUCACUGUGACUUGAGGGCAUUAAGUAAAGGCAUAGAACAAGAACUGCCUGGGACACCUGGACAGAAGUGAAGCAGAAUGCUGUUCAUGGAAUAUGAAUAAGGCUGUAAUUCAAAGUCACUUUAAUGGGUAUUGACUAGUAUGCAGGCUUUAAAGAGCUGGCACACUUCCAGCAGUGUUUGCAAAUACUGGGAUUUUAACAGCUGUGAGACCAGCAUGUGAACUAGGAGAUUGAGAUGAUUUUCCCCCUCUUGUCCUUGCAGUGUUUUGACUCUUCCUGGUUUGACACAAUGGUUUUUGUUCCCUCUGUAUUUAUAAGUGAAGCACCUUUUCAGUGCUUCUGAACUAAAGUCUGCUUGGUUAGAAAUCAAGUGGUUGGAACAUGUUGAGUUUUUUAUUUUGAGCAUAUUGUUGAUGUUCUUUACCAGUGUUACCAAUUUCAUGCUGUAAAUGGCACUAAUGCUUUUUGGUGUUAAUACUGAGGACCAAUAUUUCAGUUUUUUUGUUCUUAAAACAUUGUCCCAACUAACCUGACAUUUGUUGGCUUGAGGUCCUUUAAGUAGCCUGAAGAUCCCUUUUCAAGUAAUACUGAAAUACACAUUUUACAAACAGAAGCAUAAGCCUUGGCUAUAAAAAUGGAAGCUGUUGAAUGGAUUAUUGAGUUAUCUAGGGUGAUCAGGAUGGGGGAGUAUGGUGUUGAUAAUUUCUGUGGUGUUAGACUUUGAUCAUUUAAAAAUACCUGUACCACAACUUAAUGCUUCAAUAAAAAUUCGCUUAAAUUGUU